AUGGGUUAUCAAAAUAAGCUUCUGGGUAUGUUUCUAUGGUUUUGCUUCAUUGGAGUGAAUGGUAUAGGAAACUUUUCUUCUUCUGAUAAAGGAGUUGUUGUCAUUCAUGGCAAGGCUUUUAUUGGAAGGAUUGAUAAUGAUUUUGUUUGUGCAACUAUUGAUUGGUGGCCACCUGAGAAAUGUGACUGGGAAAAAUGCAGUUGGGGCCAUGCUUCUCUGCUUAAUCUGGACCUCAAUAACAAAAUUUUGUUAAAUGCAGUAAAAGCUUUUUCACCCUUGAAAGUUAGAUUAGGUGGCACCUUGCAAGAUAUUGUGACAUAUGGGACUAAAGAUAAUAGGGAAUCUUGUGUUCCAUUUGUGCUGACUCCUAAAGAUAAGUUUAAUUUUGGUUUCACUCAUGGAUGCUUACCAAUGCAAAGAUGGGAUGAGCUAAACAGCUUUUUUCAAAAAGCAGGGGUUAAAGUUAUAUUUGGAUUAAACGCUCUUGCUGGAAGAUCUUUUACUUCUGAUGCUGGUGGUGUUGCUGCUGUUGGACCUUGGAACUAUGCCAAUGCCGAGUCUCUUAUACGAUAUACAGUUGCCAAGAAGUAUACAAUUCAUGGUUGGGAAUUCGGUAAUGAAUUGUGUGGACAUGCAAUUGGAGCAAGUGUUACUCCGGAUCGAUACGCUUCUGAUGUAAUUGUUUUGAAAAAUAUAGUUCAAGAUGUGUAUAGAGGGGUUGAGCCAAAGCCUCUGAUAAUUGCUCCUGGAGGUUUCUUUGAUACAAAUUGGUUUACGGAAUUCUUAAACAAAUCGAGGGAAUCCACAAAUGUGAUCACACACCAUAUUUAUAAUCUCGGACCAGGAGUUGAUGAUCACUUAGUUGAGAAAAUUCUUGAUCCAACCUUUCUUGAUGGAGUGACUAACACAUUCCGCGACCUUAAAAAUGUACUUCAAAGUUCACGAACCUUGGCUAAAGCAUGGGUUGGUGAAGCAGGAGGGUCUUACAAUAGUGGCCGUCACCUUGUCUCUGAUGCAUUUGUAAACAGCUUCUGGUAUUUGGAUCAGCUUGGCAUGUCAGCCACUUAUGGCACCAGUACAUAUUGCAGACAGACUUUGAUAGGAGGAAACUACGGUUUAUUGAAUACAACUACUUUCAUGCCAAAUCCAGACUAUUACAGUGCUCUUCUUUGGCACCGGCUCAUGGGAUCACGCGUUCUGUCAACUACCUUCUACGGAACAAAGAAGAUCAGAACUUAUGCUCAUUGCGCAAAGGAAUCUAAGGGAAUCACAAUACUGUUUCUCAACUUGGACGACAGCGCCACUGUAAACGCACGAGUGACGUUAAAUUAUUCGAAGAAACCUUCCCCUCCUAAUGCGAGAACGUCACAGAGAAGAGAGUAUCAUUUAACAGCAAAGGAUGGAAAUUUACAUAGCCAAACAAUGUUACUAAAUGGAAACGUUCUAAGUGUAGAUUCGGAUGGUGAUAUUCCUCCAUUGAAUCCUAUAUAUGUCGAUUCUUCAAAGCCGAUAACAGUUGGUCCUCUCUCUAUUGUAUUUGCUCAUAUACCAGAUGCUGCUAUUCAAGCUUGCAGCUAG